UUUAUUUGUGAUUUCAAGGAAUGCAACAAAAGUUUUUCAACAAAAUCAAAUUUAGUUCAACACAAAAGUUGUGUUCAUUUAAAUAAAAGGAAAUUCAAAUGUAAUGAAGAAAAUUGUGGCAAAAAAUUUCAAACUAAACAGUGUUUAAUUCAUCACAAACGAAUACAUUCGGGAGAAAAACCAUUUGUUUGUUACUUCAAUGAUUGUAAGAAAUAUUUUCGCACAAAAUAUGAAUUAACAAUACAUAUGAGAAGACAUUUGAAUAUAAAACUUCAUAAAUGUAUUCAUAAUAAUUGUAAUCAACGUUAUAAACGAUGGGCACAUUUAAAUCGACAUAAAAAUAGCAUUCAUUCAAAUGUGAGAUUUAUUUGUGAUUUCAAUGAAUGCCACAAAAACAUGUCCGGCGAAUAUGGGAACGAACCGCAGAACCCGGAGGACGUCGACUGGGGUUGGGGUCAGCGGUCAAAACAGCGCACACCUAGUGUUAGCCAACCAACAGAAAGAGCUUGGUUGCCAAUCAGUCCACCCACUAGUCCCGUGGAGUGGGAACAACCGGGUCAUACGCGCCGUCCACUAUCACCAGGUGGAGCCGUACCGGUGAUGACCGACCAGAGCCCAUACACACGUCCGCCCGCCGACAAUGCCAUAUAUCCCGGAGCCUUAGAGCAUAUCAAUCGUCUACACCGGCAAUACGCUGAGGCGCCCCGCGGUUAUGAGCCAACCCAUGCCCUCCCGGACCACACGCUGUCGGGCGAAGUGCACGUCAGUAGCGGCGAUGAGCACAGCGGUUGGUUGGGAGGUCUGGUGCCCACCCGUACCGGUGCGGCGGUGUUGCGGCGCAAGACUGAGCGCGAUGUGGCCAAACUGUAUGACCUGGGCUUUGACUUGAGAGUUGACCCCUCGGGCCAGAUUGGUGAAACUGGU